AGUCGCAAAAAUCAACAGCCGUGUUCAUUCAGGGCAUGUUGGACGAUGGAAGUGAAGGGAAAGAUAGCCAGGUCACACCUGCCAAUGUAGAGGAAUCAAAUUAUCUAUCGCAGGGCUUCGAUGCCGCGGCGCGGGCACAGAUGAGACAGCAUGAUGCUGAUACUGAGAUACGAAAAAUCGAGGCAAAGAACGCGUCAGCAGCUGUUCAAGCGUAUCAGGAUCGUCUGCAAGUCCUGGAAAGUUUACUGCGCGAAGUCGAUGGAAGAAUCCAGAAGUGUUCUGCGGUGGCAGCUUCGCGACAGGCUCACCCUUGAGCCUUACUAUGAUGUCUCCGAGGGGUUCGCUGCCCAUGGUAUCUAUAAGAUGAUCACACUGCAUUUACGGUUGUAUGAAAAUGGCUUAAUGUAUAACAGCUCACCACCAAGAACAAUGAUAAAAUCUA